AUGCAUCCCGUUAGUCUCGCGGGAUCACCCGCCGUUGAGCCCAAGGCGCGCACCAAAACCUCCAGUAGCAGCAGCAGCAGCGGCGGCGGAGGAAGCAGCGGUAGCGGGGGUUCAUCCGCGCUGGAUAAGCUCCGCGAGCUGCUGCGCGCAGCGGAGGCGGAGCUGGAAAAGGCGUGCGCGCGGACCGUAGAGACGGAGGAGGAGGCGCGCAGGGUGGCGGAACGCGCCAUAGAGAUUUCCGACGCCGCCGCUAAGGCGGAAGCCGCCGCGGAUGCCGCAAUGGCGCAGGUGGAGGCGGAGCUGGCGGAGGAAGCGCUGGCGCAGGAUGCGCUGCGGCAGGCUGACGUGGCGUUUCACGAGCAGGCGGAGGUGCUGGUGGCGGCGGAGGCGCAGCAACAGGCAGUGGAGGCGGGGAUAGCGGGGAUGGCGGAACAGGGGGUUAAGGAGGGGGAAAGCUUGCGGUCGGGCGUGGUUAGCUUAGUGCAGGAGGUGCGCGAGGAGCUGGCGCGGCGAGAGGCGGAGCUGAGAACGCGGACGGAGGCAGCCGCGCAAGCAACUGGAAGGCGGGUGAGGGCGCAGGAGGAGGCGUCCGCGCUGGUGGCAGCGGCGGGGGAGGCAAGGGCGCGCGCGGGGCAGGCGGAGGAGGAGGUGGGGGAGCGCAUGGGCGUGGCGGAGAGGGCGGUGGCGUUCGAGCUGGAGGCGACUCAGAGCGUGGCGGAGGCCGCCAAGGCGCUGGCGAGGGCGGAGAAACUGGUUACUGAUAUCGCCAAGGCGGAGGCGGAGGCAGCAAAGCUAGCCGCGGAGAAGGCGACGCUGCUGGCAAGCGAAGUGGCGGGGGUGUCAGCAGCACUGCGCGCCACUGUGAAGGGCGGACGGGCCGCUGCUGGCAUGCCCACCACUGACUCCGAUAGCGACUCCGACAGGGACUCUGACAAGGACUCUGAUAGGGAGGCUGGUAGGGAUGCGGAUAGGGAAGUGGCUAGUGAGUUUAGCAGUGAGUCUAAUCCGGAGGGGGUGAAUGUGAAGGAAGGGGAGGAGAAGGCGAUUUUGGGGGUGGUUGUUGCAGAGACGGUGGGGAAGGCAGAGGGAAAGGGGAAGAAGGGGGCGAAGGCUGGAGGGGAGGAGGGGGCAGUGGCGGAUGGAGGGCGGACUGCGGUGGUCAGUGAGGGAGAGAAGGACGCGAGGAAGGAUGGAGUGACGGACGGGGUGAAGGGAAGAGGGGAGGCUGAUCUGGGACCCAGCGGCCUGGCAGGCACGGGUGCUGCAGAUGUGAUUAAGGGCGAUGGGGGGGAGGCCGGAAGCGAGGAGGAGGAGGUGGAGGAACUAACAGCUGUUGCCACAUCCGCUUCAGCAGUCCCCGGCUCAGAUGAAGCCACUGCCACUCCUCCUGCUGGCCCCUCCUCCGCUCCAUCUUCCAAGUCACCCUCCUCCUCUUCGUCCUCCUCUUCCUCCUCUUCCUCCUCCUCUGCAUCACCCACCAAAAAGUCAUCCCAGUUCUUCUCAGCGUCCUUCUUCUCAGCGGACGGGCACGAGGUGGAGGAUGCACUCAAGUGGGUGCGAUCCGCACUGCCCCCGCUGCUGCGACACCUGCCCAAGCUGCUGCUCGCCCUCACCGUGCUCCUCCUCGGGUCAGUGCCGCCUGCCACUCCCAGAGUGCUGCGUGCUGCUCCCAAAGUUAUGCGGCAUGCCUGCCUGCUUCUCUACUUCCUGACCAAUACACCUCUCGGCUUUGCGCUCAAAGCGCGCAUGGCGCACAGGGCAGGGGGGCACGCGCCCCCCGCCACAGUCGUACAGAUGGAAGCCAUGCAGGGAGGGGGACUGGCUGGGCCUGCAGGGGACGCUGCCACGCACCCAGCAGCAGCAGGGUGGGCGGCGGGGCAGCAGCAGCAGGUGCAGGGGCCGGUUGCUACAGGUAACCCGGUGGUGUCUGCAGUGCAGGCAGCUGUGGGGCGGGCCAAGGCGCUCAUUGACAAACUGCCCCGACACGAGCUGAGAGCCCUGCCUGUGCCUGGUUUUCCAACUCCAUCACUCACUGUUCCUCGCUGCUUUCCUGCCAAGCCUCUGCCCUCUCCCUGUGUGCUCAUCCGCCCACUCCCAUCGUUCCUCCUCUCUCCCUUCCCGUACCCCCUCCCGCACCAGCCGAACGAGGAGGAGACACAGCUGUUUGACGUGCUGUGGCUGCUGCUCGCCAGUGUCGUCUUCGUCCCCAUCUUCCAGAAGCUACCCGGAGGUACUCUCGCUCCCACUCACCAUGCCAUGCUGCUGCCUUGCCAUGCUGCUGAGAUUUCUCAAACGCCUGCUGGGCGCCCAUGUGCGUGCAUUGCAUGCAUGGCACCAAGGCUUAUUACUCCCUGUGCGCUCACUCCCUCGCACCUCCUUCCCCAUGUCUGUUGUCCUGUCACCGUCACCACAGGCAGCCCCGUGCUGGGGUACUUGGCAGCGGGGGCGCUCAUCGGCCCGUACGCACUCUCCAUCAUAAAGCACGUGCACGGCACUAAGGCACUGGCAGAGUUUGGCGUGGUCUUCCUCAUGUUCAACAUUGGCCUCGAGCUGUCUCUGGAGCGCCUCCGCUCCAUGCGCAAAUACGUCUUUGGACUCGGCUCAGCUCAGGUGUUGGUGUCAGCGCUGGCGAUAGGGCUGUGUGUGCUGGCAGUGGCGCGUGUGUCGGGCCCAGCAGCCAUUGUCAUUGGCAACGGCCUUGCCCUCUCCUCCACCGCCGUUGUCCUCCAGGUGGGUGGGUCUCUGCUGUUGUGCCUCAGCUGGGUCUCUGCUACAUGCUUUAUUUUCACACUUGAAAGAGCCAGUCUACAUGCUUGCAACCCCACCCCACGGCCCACCCAUUCCUCCACCCUUCACACCGCAUCCAACCGCCUCCUCCCUCUGCUCCUCUUUGCCGCCCGUCAGGUGCUGCAAGAGCGAGGGGAGAGCACGUCGCGCCAUGGGCGAGCCACCUUCUCCGUGCUGCUCUUCCAGGAUCUAGCAGUGGUGGUGUUGCUCAUCCUCAUUCCGCUUCUCUCCCCCAACUCCACCGGAGGGGGCGUGGGGUUCAGGGCGAUAGCGGAGGCGCUGGGGGUGGCGGCAGUGAAGGCUGUCAUCGCCAUUGCAGGCAUCAUUGCCGGCGGCCGACUGGUGCGUGCUGCGGAUGGGCGCAUGGCGGAGAAUCACAACGCAGAGAUCUUGAUCCCAUGCCGGCCCUCUCACCCUUUUUCACCCCCUCUCACCCCUUCUCACCGCCUCACACCCCUGCUCCCUUCCUCAGCUGCUGCGCCCCAUCUGCUGCGCCCCAUGUACCGCAGCAUGGCGGAGAACCACAACGCGGAGAUCUUUGCCGCCAACACGCUGCUCGUGGUGCUCGGCACCUCCGUGCUCACCGCCCGGGUGAGGGGAUGUGGUUGCAAGGGUGACGGGAGGGGGAGGGAGAGAGAGAGGGUGAGGCAUGUUGGGGAAGCUGCCAACACGCUGCUCGUGGUGCUCGGUACCUCCGUGCUCACUGCCCGGGUGAGGAUGGUGGGGUGGGGAGGGCGGGAGGGCGGGAGGGCGAAGGGGGAAGGGAGGGGAGGGCGGGAGGGUGAGGCGUUCUGGGGGUAUAGGGGGGAAUGCCAACACACUGCUCGUGGUGCUGGGUACCUCCGUGCUCACUGCCCGAGUAAGAGGGGGAUGGGUGCGGUGCCGGGCAUGAGGGCGGGGCUGUCCAUGGCGCUGGGAGCGUUCCUCGCAGGCCUGCUGCUCUCAGAGACCGAGUUCGCCCUGCAGGUGGAGUCAGACAUGAACCCGUACCGCGGGCUGCUACUAGGGCUCUUCUUCAUGACUGUGGGCAUGUCAAUCGACCCCAAGCUGCUGGUGGCGCGUUUCCCCCUCAUCCUGGCAGCCCUCGCGGUGCUCAUAGCGGGCAAGACCGCACUGCUGGCGGGCAUGGGGCGCCUCUUCGGCCUCUCGCCCGUUGCUGCUGUGCGCACGGGCCUGCUGCUCGCCCCUGGCGGGGAGUUCGCGUUCGUCGCCUUUGGGGAGGCUGUCAGCAAGGGCAUCAUGAGCGCACAACUCUGUUCGCUGCUGUUCAUAGUGGUGGGGCUGAGCAUGGCCAUCACGCCAUGGCUCGCCUAUUCCUGUCCCCAUCUCAACCCCCUUCCCAUUCCCCUCCCGCACCUUCCACCAACAGGGCAUAAUGAGCGCACAACUCUGUUCGCUGCUGUUCAUAGUGGUGGGGCUCAGCAUGGCCAUCACGCCAUGGCUCGCCUAUUCCUGUCCCCAUCUCAACCCCCUUCCCAUUCCCCUCCCGCACCUUCCACCAACAGGGCAUAA